AUGGUUCAUGUGUUUCUACUGGAUCGCAGUAAUCUCAAUUACUACACAUGUUGCGGAAGGAUUCAUGUGAAGUUGGCACUCUUGGGUCUUAUUGUUUUUUCUAUUAUUUUGCAAAUCAUCGAUUUGAUUGCUCUUUUUCAAAGUGAAGCUACUAAAACCGUUAUAACAUUUCAAAUCAUGGAGAUAAUCAUGAUCCCAUGCAAUAUUAUGGCUCUUACGAAGGAAAAGGCAGGCUAUCUUAUCCCAUUCAUGUUUCAAAUGUUUUUAGCUUUUCUUGGUGCUGCUCUUACAUCCUUCCGUGUGGCCAUAAGUAUUCUCAUUCCAAAUUCGAUAGCUGCUAAGGAUUUUCUCGAGAUCGAGCCUAGCUUCUUUGGAUAUUUCUCAGCCCUCCUCCUCCUGGCAGUAUUAGUAACUUUAACGACUUUUUUCGCUUGGAGUCUUCAUGUCAUUUUGAGCUGCCACAAAUAUUUCGAAGAUAAAACAGCAGAAAGAGCAACAUUUGCUAAUCGGUUGAAUUUCAAUGUCGAGAAAGACAGUUCUGAUACAUCUGAAAAUGUUCAACCUAACACCUCUCGAGACUCCUCCUUCGGAAAUCCAAACUUCGAUAUUGAAGGAGAUGAAAAUAUUUUCCCGACCAAGAGUGUUGGUCCGGUUAUGGUUUAA